UUUCCAUUCAUUGUUAUGAUAUAAAAUGCAAAUAUGAAUGUGAACAGAUGCUACAAAAUUUACAGGGUAUAUAAUUGCCUAGAAUUCGCGAAUUAUUUUCGCAGAACUCUGGAAACAAAGAAUCGGCCAAUAUGCAGAUCGCGUGCGUGUCUUUUGCUAAAUGACACAAAUAAUCGGGCAAGGACGAUAGCAAUGGAUUGAUAGGAAGCAUUCACGAAAGCAUUCGAGUUAUUUAAUGGCUUUUCCGUUAGUAAUCGGAGGUGCAGCGUGCAGUGGGUAAAGAAUAAGAAUUGUCAAGUUAUAUUCCUUUUUUACUGUUUCUUUCUCUGACUUAUUGAUUGUUUCUUAAUAUUGCGGGUAGGGAGACAAGGAGACAGUAGUAAAAGUAUGGAUGGAAAAGUUUUGGUUGUAAGUUAUGAAUUUAAGAAGCUAGACAGUGGAACCGAUUGGAGCGAUGACUGUUGUGCAUUUUGUCGCGGUGUAACUGAUUCGUGUUUUGCGUCCCUGUAUCGAGUUGAUUAAGAAGAAAAGAUGAGAUAAUUAUUAUUAAUCAAAUAACAUAUUUCUUCUCAAUUAUAUAUAAAUGACAUUACAUAUAUUGAUAUGGUACAUCAUACAAAAAGACAAUCGUCAGUAAGGCGAAAUUCUCUUUUCGUACGAAACGCGCUUCUAGUAAAUGAAGCUACCAUUCACGUGAAAAAUGGAAAUUACAAUAAAGCCAUAUUUUUGUAUAAUCAAGCACUGGAAAUGAAUCCGAAUGACAAGAAUGCCUUAAUAGCUCGAAGCAAGUGUCAUCUUUUAUUGGGUAAUCCGCAAAAAGCAUUAGACGAUGCUGAAGCGGCGUUACAGUUAAAUCCUAAAGAUUCCAGUAACUACAAAGCAGUGUAUUGCAAGGCGGAAGCUCUUUAUCAUCUCGGCGACUUCGAAAUGAGUUUGGUGUAUUACUACCGUGGAAUGAGAAUCCGUCCGGAAUUUGGUCAAUUUCGUCUUGGUGUUCAAAAGGCAAAAGACGCAAUACAGAACGUAUUACGUAAGAACUAAUGAUACACAUUAUUUGUCAGACAUAUUAACGAAAACUUGUCCAAAGAUUGAAAAAGAAUAAUGAGGACAAGGAAAACAGAAGGUAUUAUGCAUGAAAAUCAUUAAUUACGCAAGAAAAGCAAUAAUUUACAUGUUAUUUACAUACCUAUUUUCUUCGCUGUUUACAUUACGAAUUUUACGAGAAAUCUUGCUAACUGUAUAUAACCCAGGAAAUAAUUGUUCAUAUAAGAACAUAUAUAAAUAUAUUAACAUAU